CCUGGCAAAUCAGAUUCAAAAUUUUGAAAACGCAUUGAACGGUUGUUUCUAGCGGGCCUGUGGCUAUAUAGAGGGGGGCGAGAAGAGAGCGAGAGCCGUGCUGUUCAUUUGCUUUCUCGCUGCGAAGUUGAUGAGAUCUGAGGUGAGGAAAGAGUCGAUGGGAGGACAACAGAGUAGAGGAGCGCAGACGACGGAGCUAAAAGAGACGAGAGGAGGCGGAGAGAUCCAGCCAUCGAGUAAGCGCCAUCGAAUCUGCAGGUGCUCGCCUCGCUCAGCGUUCCUCGCUCGCCAUUCUUGCUUCAACUGGUACGAGGAGGACGUCUGGACGGAGGUGGCCAAGUAUCUGGAUGGUAGUGAUUUGGUCAGGCUAGGUCUGACCAACCGCUGGUUCCACCGUCUGAUCAACGAGGAGAGCGUCUGGAAGUAUGCCUGCCUAAGGGACCUCCACGUCCCUCCGCCUCUCCGUGUGUCUUUCCCGUGGAAGCAGCUCUACGCCUCUGCCUUCGAUGGCAGCCACUCUUAUUCCUUCCGUCACAAGGAGAAGCACAUCGAUCGGAUGAGAAUAGGGGCUUUCUUCUUAGAAUCGCCCGUUGUUCUGCUAUCGGAGACUCUGACUCUGCCUAAGAGGCUCCCGCGGCCCCAUGACGACCGUGCGAAGACGAUUCAGUGCACGGGCACGUGUCUGUUGACCGACGCCCGGACCGGAAUCUGGAUCGCCGAUCUGCAACUGGUUCGGUGCCCUGUGUGCAACCUGAACACGUGCGAAGGGACGAUGCAGGUACUAGACGCGAGACACGCGGAGCUGUUCCUAGAGCAGGGGUACAAGGACGGCAGCUGGGACUACGAGGACAUUGGUUCCAGCCGGAUCGAGAAGUCUGCCGGCGCUGCCACUGGGGCAAUCUUCGACGUGAAGCACCUCCUUGAACCUUCUACCGUUGGGGUGAUGGAUGCGAAGGCGUGGGUGGGGCAGCAGGACGACUGGCAGCCGAAGGCGAGGCUGUCGAUCCAUGCCGUGGCCGUCAACACCAACCUGCAGGCAAACGAGGGUCUUCAAGUGAGAUUCCAGACGAUGACAAGCUCGGGAACGGACCAAAAGGUGGUUUCAAUUAGAAUCUCGCAACAACUCAUUUAAUUACUUGAUAUUCUAGAUAUCACACCACACAAAUGCACAAGUACAUCGUAUAGCACUUUUUUUAAAAAAACAGAGGGAAAAAAAAAAAGAAAAUUGGUUAACCUUCAAUCUGGUAGCUAUAAGCGAGGCAGCCAAGAAACUGUAUGGUUUGGAAUAGAAUAAAUUCCUCUUUUGUUAUCCAAAUAGAAUAAAUUCUUGUGACAUUAUAUGUGACUCAUGAACUUGAAUAUAAAGAUGAUAUAGUGACAAGAUAGCUAAAAGAGGUCUAAACGCCACGGGAUUAACUUUCUCAGUUUUAAUUACUUAAUUUAGGAGUAUAAUUAACCAUAAUU